UUUCAGACGGUCUUAAAGGUUUGAUGAUCGUCCUGCAGUCCACAGCGCGUGCGUUUCGUGUACUUACACGGGCCAACGUGCGCAUCCUCAUCAACGACUGUGACUCGAUAAGACUGUCACUGGGUUGCGUUUUGCGUAAUCGUACAGCUACACACCUAAUACAGACCAGAGAUAUGGCUUCAGAAAGUGAGAAUGAGGCAGCUCGAGCCCAAAACAGAUUGUCUGCCGAAAAGUCGCCUUACCUGUUACAGCAUGCUUCUAACCCUGUUAACUGGUACCCCUGGUGCCAGGAGGCAUUUGACAAGGCACUGGCAGAGGACAAGAUGAUCUUUCUAUCUGUUGGCUACUCCACAUGUCACUGGUGCCAUGUAAUGGAACGGGAAUCAUUUGAAAAUGAAGAAAUUGGCAAAAUUCUCAAUGAGCAUUAUGUAGCUAUCAAGGUAGAUAGAGAGGAGCGACCUGAUGUUGACAGAGUGUAUAUGACCUUUGUACAGGCUACUAGUGGGGGUGGUGGUUGGCCUAUGAGUGUAUGGAUGACCCCAGACAGAUGUCCUGUGGUAGGAGGCACCUACUUUCCACCAGACGACCGAUAUUAUGGCCGCCCAGGAUUCAAAAGUGUGCUGCUUCACAUUGCGCAAUUGUGGAAGAACAAGCGACAAGAAGUGAAUGAUCAAGGCAAUUCCAUCCUGGAGGCACUUUCUCGGGCAAAAAUCCACACACAGGAUGGGGAGGGGACACCACUACCUGGGAUACAGGCUAUAAAAACAUGUUUUAACAUGUUGGACAAAUCUUAUGAUGAGGAGCUUGGUGGAUUUGGAAAAGAAGCUCCAAAGUUUCCACAGCCAGUAAAUCUGAAUUUCAUGCUUCGUUACUAUGCCAACAACUCUUCCACUGAGGAGGGUAAGAGAGCCCUUGACCAAGCCCUCUUUACCUUGACCUGUAUGGCUAAGGGUGGCAUAUAUGAUCAUAUUUCACAGGGAUUUCACAGAUACUCAACUGACAAAUUCUGGCAUGUACCCCACUUUGAAAAGAUGUUGUAUGACCAGGGCCAACUGCUAUCCUGUUAUAGUGAGGCAUAUCAGAUAACCAAAGAGCCAAGGUAUGCGGAAGUGGCCAAGAAUAUUAUAGAGUAUGUAACGAGGGAUCUCCAGAGCCCAGCAGGAGGAUUCUACAGUGCAGAGGAUGCUGACUCUCUACCAUCUGAGGAGUCUACAAUAAAAAAGGAAGGGGCUUUCUGUGUAUGGUCCCAAUCACAGGUGGACAGCCUGUUGGCGGAGGAAGUUCAGGGUUAUCCUGAGGUGACCUUGGCCAAUGUGUUCUCCCACCAUUAUGGUGUGAAACCUGAAGGAAAUGUGGAUCCGUUCCAGGAUCCUCAUGAUGAACUGACCAGUCAGAAUGUUUUGAUCGAGCGGGGAUCCUUGAUUGACACUGCUAAGAAGUUUGGGUUAACAGAAGAAUUGACCAGAACCUCCCUCAACAAGGGGCGCCAGCUACUCUAUACUGCCAGACAAACUCGCCCUAAACCUCACCUUGAUAACAAGAUGGUGGCUGCAUGGAAUGGUAUGAUGAUAUCUGGACUUUCCAAGGCUGGUCAGGCACUGGGAGAGGAAAUGUACACACAGCAAGCAGAACGUGCUGCAGAAUUCCUGAAGAAAUACAUGUACAAGUCUGAUGUACUGCUACGCACCAGUUACUGUGGCCUGGAUGGGGAAGUACAGGCAGGACCUAUUGACAUUGAGGGAUUUGCAGACGAUUAUGCACUUGUGAUAAAAGCCUUACUGGACCUGUAUGAGACAAAUUUUGAUACAAAGUGGUUGGAAUGGGCAGAAGACCUUCAAGAGAAACAGAAUACAUUGUUUUGGGACCAUGAGGAUGGUGCCUUCUACAACAGCUGUCAGGCAGACACUUCCAUAGUACUACGACUUAAGGAUGAUCAAGAUGGUGCUGAACCUUGCUCUAACUCAGUAGCUGCCAGCAACCUACUACGUCUGUCGAACAUCCUACAGCGGACAGACUUCAGAGAUAUGGCCACGCAAAUCUGCAAAGUGUUUCAACAACGGCUCACAAAGAUCCCUAUUGCUCUCCCUGAAAUGACCUCUGCCCUGUUUUGGACUUCUGGCACUUCUAAACAGAUCGUGUUAGUUGGUGAUCCCGCCUCUCAAGACAUGGCCAGCCUCGUCAGAUGUGUGAACUCCCACUUCCUCCCAAACAAGGUGAUCCUGAUGGUACCAACUGAAGGAGAUAGCUUCCUGUCUAGGCGUUGCCAAUUUGUUAACAGUUUGCCUCAGGUAGAGGGCAAAGCUACAGCUUAUGUGUGUGAAAAUUAUACCUGCUCCUUGCCUGUUACAGAUGUAGACUCGCUCCACUCCAUUCUUGACAUGAAAUCAAAGCUUUAGCUACUCACUACACUACAUUCUUGACACCAACGGUUUUGUUUUGUAUGACAUACAGAAUCGGUAAAUACCAAGGUUUUUGGUUUGUAUGACAUACAGAAUCGAUAAAUACCAAGGUUUUUUGGGUUGUAUGACAUACAGAAUCGAUAAAUACCAAGGUUUUUUGGGUUGUAUGACAUACAGAAUCGGUAAAUACCAAGGUUUUUGGUUUGUAUGACUUACAGAAUCGGUAAAUACCAAGGUUUUUGGUUUGUAUGACAUACAGAAUCGAUAAAUGCCAAGGUUUUUGGUUUGUAUGACAUACAGAAUCGGUAAAUACCAAGGUUUUUUGGGUUGU